AUGAAGGAAUAUGUGCAUAGGUACGAACAACUGGCAAACAAGCCUGUGAAGUUUCUAUUGUUAAUGAAGAAAACCCCUGUCCAAAAGAAAAUAGAACUUCUUGAUAACAUAAAGUGUAACUUUAAUAAAGAAAUAAGUAUAAGCGACAUUUUAAAUCUAUUAGUCGAAAUCAAAAUCACAGAAGCAGGAAAAAGACAAGUUAGAAAUGAGCAUUUGUUCAGGCUAUUAAAAGGGGCUAUCCUAAAUAUUAAGCAUGUUUAUGUGACUAACUUAUAUCACGGUGGACACAUUUCCUUUGUGACGUCAGAUAGACUUUGGGUCAGUGAUGGACGCAGUCUUAUUUUGACGAAUUCUAAAGGUAACAAUCUACAUCAUUUAUCUGAUGCAAGUGAAUACUAUGGUGUACAUACAGUAAACAGUGCAGGAGAGUUGAUUUACGUAGACAAAGACUGGAACAUUAACAAACUUAGUGUAGACAAUACUACAAAAUCGACAUUGAUAAAGAGAACGGAUCUGUGGGAACCAUGGUGUAUCUGUCACUCAGCAUCUUCUAGGGAUUUGCUGGUCAUGAUGAGAUAUGAUACAAGAAACCCUGCCAUAACAUUAUCAGAUGUGAAAGUCAUUCGGUAUAAUAGUACACUACAACCUAUCCAAACCGUCCAAUACCAUAGGACAGGCAAACCAUUAUAUCAUGACCCUGUCUACAUCACGGUGAACAGGAAUGGAGAUAUUGUUGUAUCUGAUAUAUGGAAUGGUGUGGUGGUCACAGACCGUGAAGGAAAAUAUCGUUUCACUUACACAGGGCCACCAGAAGGAUUGUCAUUUGGAAUAUUUAUGCCUUGUGGAAUUUGUGUAGAUACAUUGUUAAAUAUCCUAUUAUCUGGUCGAUUAGACCAAACAAUACAAAUGAUUAACAAGGACGGUCUCUUUCUGUCAAUUCUAUCAACAAAACAAGACGGGAUGGUUGAGCCAUUGGGUUUGGGAUAUGACGAAGAAAAUCAUCUUGUUUGGUUCGGAUCAGGCAAGACCAAUAGACUGUGUGUGUACAGACAUAUAGAACGACAAGAUUAUCUUGCAUAA